ACUGGUGGUCCCAGUCCAACGCAUUUAAGUUUCCAAAACAUGGAGGAUUCUUGGGAGCUCGUUUCCGUGCCGUCUGAGAUUCAACACUCAACAAUCAGUAAAGAAACCCCUGAUGAGAACACUGAGACCUCGCAGGAAAACAAUGAGGGCAGUAGUAAGUCAAAGAAAAUUACAAGUGGAACACCAACACUCUGUGGAUUUUUGAACAAGCUGGGUGCAAAGGGAAUAAAAACAUGGAAAACAAGAUGGUUUCUGUAUGAGGAGAGGAAGUGCAGGUUGUAUUAUUUCCGUACUCCUCAGGACAGUACACCUCUUGGCUCUAUUGAUCUGGCGAAUGCAUCUUUCACUUUUGAAGUUGAAGAUUCAGACAGACUAACACAGUUUCAGAUUUGCACAUCUGGAAGAACCUAUCAGCUGCAAGCAAAAGAUAAGCAGACUAUGAUGUUCUGGCUUCAAGAGCUUCAGGGAAGACGGCUGGAGUACAGUAGAAAGAGAGCAAAUGCAGUUGUACAGAAUAAAGGAGACAUUUCAGCUCUUGGGCAGUCAACCUGUGGUUUAUUAGCUGAAGAGGAAGAAAGAGAAGUUGAUCCCAAUAAAGAUCCAAAGACCGUGCAUAUCAUAGAGCCUGUUCCUGCACCAGAGUCUGUUGGUGAGGAGGCUGCUGCCUUGAAAACACCAUCACCUGGUAUCCUCUCCAACUUUUCAUUCACAAAUUUGAAGACUGAGAUAAAGAACAUAAGAGAUGCAAAGAGACAGUCUGUAGUUCUAUCCCAACAACCCCCACUCAACAUAUCAGCACCUUUAUCUGGCACAGAAUUGUUACAACAAGUUCAGGCAUUGGACGAAUCCAACAACGGUAUUGGCCAGUCAUCAGCAGAUGAGAAAAUGGCUGAUGAAAGCAAAAGUUCAUUCUCAAGUUACAUCAAGAAUGACAGCAACAACCAACAGCAACAAGAAAACACGGAAGAGAAAACAAAACCAUUCAGUUUCAAGGCCGGAACACUUCGCAAGAAAUUUGCCGGCGGUCGAACAACUGGUCAGUCUUCGGGAGGAGGAAGACCCACAUCUCGAUGCUUGACUCGAUGCCCGGAUUGUGAAAAGCUUCAAGACGCUCUUGCUGCUGCAGAAACAAGCCUAAAAACAGCUCAGGACGAGGUACAAAUUCGACAAGAUGUGAUCGAAAGUCUUCACGAGCAUCUCAGACAUUUUGAGAUAGAAAAGAGCAAAAGGACACAAGACGAAGAUGAUGAGCAGAGAUCUUUAUCAGAAGAAACGAAGGACAAACUCAUAUACAUUGCACAAUUGGAAGAAAAACUGAAGGAGCAGACUGCAGAGCUGAAAAAGACUGACGUUGCAACCAAGGCGCUGAAUAAAGAACUUCGAGAGAGCAGGGACCAAAUCCAGAUGUACCAGGAGAUGACAGCAGUUAAGGACCAAGUCGUUGUCUCGCUCACUAACAAGUUAUACACGUUGGAGAAAUCCACAGUAGAGGGUGAAGAAGUGCAAGAAUUUGACGACGAAAAUAAUGAAGAAUUUGAAAGUUCGCCGUCUUGUAAGAACAGUGAUACCAAAUCCGCAGAGAAUAGAAUUGAUGAUAUGCAGGAGGUAGAAAAACUCAAGGAAACAUGCCAAGCCUAUGUGCUUCAAAAUCGGUUCUUAAACAGCGAGAUUCUGGAAUUUAAUAAGCUCAGAGCGCAUGACAGUGAGAUUCUCAAGGCGCAGGCGAUACGACUGGCCACCGUUGAAGCUGAGAUGUGUAAAUAUAAAAGCAAGUACUUCCUUGCACUCAGAGAACUCCAGAAACCGCGAAAAGAUGGCGAGCGCUGGGACAUGGACGAUGAUGUCAUCAGUAGACUGGUGGAGGAUGCUAUUGACAGCGAAUCACGGGAGGUGUUGACACUGUCCCGGUCCAGUAUUCAACCGUACGACCGCUGGGGCUUCAGGCAGAAUCUUCAAGGCGAAGACGAAGAGGCAUUCCUAUCAAUGGCGAAGAAGAUGGACAGAAGAUCAGAAGAACUCAUGGAAAAACUAAGCUCACAAGAAAUGUCAGUAGAAGUGAAGUGGGAAAACUAUAUGGUAGCACACAAGAACAGAGAUCUGCAAAAAGCGCCUGAACUGAAAGCGCUGGUUAGAACUGGUGUACCACACGAGCAUCGCGCCACGAUAUGGAAUUUCUGCAUCGAUGAGUGCGUACAAGAGACAAGGAGAAUAGCAGGAGACGAGUAUUAUCAUCAUCUGCUAGAGUCCAUCAAAGGUCGGCCGUCUCCUGCAGUGAAGCAGAUCGAGCUUGACUUGCUGCGCACCUUACCGAAUAAUAAACACUAUGACAAGCUAGACGCCGAUGGGACAACCAAACUUAGAGAAGUUCUUCUCGCUUAUAGUUGGCAUAAUCCUGAUGUAGGUUAUUGUCAGGGAUUAAACCGGCUGGUCGCCAUUGCUCUACUGUAUCUUAACGAAGAAGAGUCAUUCUGGUGUUUGGUAGCUAUUGUAGAACACCUCAUGCCAAGAGAUUACUUUUCCAAAACAUUGGUUGCGUCUCAAGCUGAUCAGCGCGUUCUCAAGGAUCUGUUGGCUGAGAAACUCCCAAGACUAAGUGCACAUUUCGACGCUCUUAUGGUGGAUCUUUCGCUGGUUUCUUUCAAUUGGUUUUUGACUGUGUUCGUGGACAGUUUUCCCAUACAGACAACCCUGCGAGUCUGGGACACUUUUCUUUAUGAGGGGAAUAAGGUGAUGUUUCGCUUUGCUCUCGCGGUUUUCAAGAGCAGCGAAGAGCUACUUUUAAAGUGUGAGGAUCACAUGAGCAUAUUCAACUUCCUGAGACAAGUGCCUGAAAAAAUCACCGAUGCUAACAUCUUAUCUCAGAUUGCCUUCCAAUUUCUGAAUCCUUUCCCGAUGCAGAAGAUUAGAACAAAGCGAGCCUAUCACUUGGAAGUCGUUAAGCGUGAGCUUGCCGAGUUAGACAAAUUACGCGAGGACUACGUUACAAGCAAGGCAGACGAGCCUGAAUCUCGGGAUGGAGACAUGUUAGGUGAAGACUGAGAGCACUGGGAACCAGUUAAUCCACAAGAGGGAAAGUGAAGGGAAGUCUAAAGACAGAGCCAUUUGUUUGGUGUGCCUGUGGGUUUUAUGAGUAAUUUGCUUCUGUCUGAAGCGUCUUUAUGUUUAGUUUAGCUUACGAUUCAACCAGUGAAUAAUCGGUAAAGCCCUUGAUAGAAUGAGGGCUUGAAACCCAAUUGUGUUAGAAACAUUUUACAUGGGUAUUUUACUACAAAUGUUUUAGUCAUAAACGGGUGAUUUUUACAAUUUUUUCUUUGCCAAAUAUAUGGUUUUUCCAAUCUGCUUCAAGGUUACUGAGCAGUAAAUUGUGAAUUACUCUUCCGUUCAGAUUUCAACGUUUCAUUCGUGACUCAUUCGUUUUACUUCUUCGUCAAUGGCCCCUUCGGUGUGUCUUCAAACCCUAUCAGUGCUUCACUUCCUGCCGCCUAACUAAGGGAAGUUGGUGCAUGUUAUGGAACACUGGGCUGGAGAUAUGUAAAAUAUAUAUAUAUGCCAAACAUACUUUAUGCAGAAUUAUUUUGUAUUGAAAUAGGAUAAGCUUUAUACAACAAAUUUUAUUCAUAUGAUAUCCGUUGUUCAGACAAAAAUUACCCUCACGCAGGUAUUUUUGUUUGGUUUAGGAUCAUAAAGGUUUUUCAGAUGAAGAUAACCAUAAUUUUUCAAUGAAAAAAAGUUCUAUUUUCUCUCUUUGCUCUUAAAAAAAAAUGGAAAUUU